AAUUUUUCGUUGGAUGAUCUGGUGGUUACUGAGUGAGUAAAGACCGACUUCACAUUCCCCUAGUUGUGCUCCCGAGUCCAAUGGAGAGAGGCGGUGGUCAUAGAGGAAGAGGAGCUGGUGGAAGAGGUGGUUACCGGGGUGGUGGAAGAGGAAGAGGGAGACAUGGCGGCGGUGAUCAUCAGCCGCCUCACCAGACGGGUCAAGGACAAGGUGGGGUCCACGGGAAUCCAACUAACACUUAUGUGGGCUCCUUUCAAAGUACCGGACAGGGUGGCGCCACAAGAGGUGGUUACACUGGUGGUGGCCGAGGUGGAAAUAGAGGGAGGAUAGGGUGGGGCCCUCGGCCUCAACCGGAGAGACCAAGUUAUAGUCAUGUGACUGAAUCAGCCGGGCGAGGUGGCGCUGGCGGUGCACCUGAUAGCGGGCCAUGGAGGGGACAAUGGAGGCCUGGUGCUUCUCCACAACGACGGCCUCAAGUUAACGAACCGCCAUUACCUCCUAGUACCACAGAACUUGUUCCUGAUUUUGUUGCAAUGAAUGUUUCAGAACAGUUGGCUUCGACAUCAUCUCCUCCAGCGUAUACGGAUAGACUUGAUCCGAUUAUGCGACCCGAUAAAGGUGGAGGUGCAUGUGUUGCGACUGUUAGGCUUCGUGUCAAUCAUUUUCCGGUCAAGUUCAAUCCUGACCGUGUCAUAAGGCACUAUGAUGUUGAUGUCAGGCCACUGGAGUCUGCCAGGCAUGGUCGCCCUGUGAAACUAUCAAAGACGGUACUGUCUAUGAUCCGGAAAAAGCUAUUCACUGAUAAUCCUUCUCAAUUGCCAUUGUUGAUGACUGCAUAUGAUGGUGAAAAGAAUAUAUUUAGUGCUGUUCAACUACCCGAAGGAGAAUUCAAAGUGGAAUUGUCUGAGGGGGAAGACAUGAAACCUUGUAAAUUCAUAUUUUCUAUAAAGUUUGUGACUGAGCUUAAGCUUUGCAAGUUGCGGGAUUACUUGACUAGGAAUGCCUCCUCACUACCUCGUGACGUAUUACAGGGGAUAGAUGUAGUUAUGAAGGAGAAUCCAGUUAUGCAUAUGAUUCCUGCUGGCCGAAGCUUCCAUCCUGCUAAAUCUUGUCCAAAAGAUGAUCUUGGACGUGGCAUCACAGCAUCCAGAGGGAUCCAAUAUAGCCUCAAGCCCACUUUCCGGGGUCUAGCACUUUGCCUGGAUUAUUCUGUUUUGGCAUUUCGCAAGCAAAUGCCAGUUAUAGAAUUUCUGAAGGAGCACAUUCCUGGUUUUGAUAUGAAUAGAUUUGGAAGCUUUAAGCAAAAUGUUGAGGAAGUGUUGGGAAACUUGAAGGUUACUGUAACCCAUCGGUGUACCAAACAGAAAUAUGCUAUAGUUGGGUUGACCAGUCACAGUACUCGUGAUAUUACCUUUCCAGAUGCAAAUGCUCCACAAGAGCAUGUUAGGAUUGUUGAUUAUUUCUGGAAGAAAUACAACAAGAAUAUUACCUACUUGGACAUUCCUUGCCUAGAUUUGAGCAAGAACAAUAGGAUGAACUAUGUCCCAAUGGAGUUCUGUGUCUUAGCUGAGGGGCAGGUCUAUCCAAAGGAGAAUUUGGAUCAAAAUGCAGCCUUCUUGUUGAAGAGAAUAUCACUGGCAAAGCCGUCGGUAAGACAAAGCAAGAUCUGUGGCAUGGUUCAGUCUGAGGAUGGACCUUGUGGUGGAAACAAUAUCCAAAAUUUUGGAAUUGAAGUCGAUACUAGGAUGACAUCAGUGAUAGGACGUGUGAUUAAGCCUCCAGUUUUGAAGCUGGCUGCUCCUACUGGUGAAUCGAUGAAGCUAACAGUUGACAAAGACAAAUGUCAGUGGAACAUGGUUGGAAAGGCUUUUGUGGAAGGCAGAGCAAUUGAGCGUUGGGCUCUGAUUGACUUCAGCCAUGCUGAUCGAUCCAGACUGGAUUACAAUUCAUUCAUUCCAAAGCUGAGAAACAGGUGUAAGAGUCUUGGGAUGAGAAUGGAGGAACCUCUCUUAUGUAAAAAGUCCAGAAUGCAACAAUUUUCUGAUGGUAGUGCACUUCGUCAACUGCUUGAAGAAGUUAUUAGUCAAGCUUAUAAGCUUUGUAGAGGAAAUUUACAAUUUCUACUUUGUGUGAUGUCGAGGAAGGAUGAUGGCUACAGCUGUCUUAAGUGGAUCUCUGAAACUAAAAUUGGUGUGGUGACUCAGUGUUGUCUGUCCAACCUUGCGAAUAUGGGGCAGGACCAGUACCUUGCUAAUCUUGCCCUGAAAAUCAAUGCCAAGCUUGGGGGCAGCAAUGUGGAGCUGAAUGACCAGCUACCAUGCUUACUGGGCGAAGACCAUGUUAUGUUUGUGGGAGCAGAUGUUAAUCAUCCUGGCUCUCGUAAUAGGACUAGCCCAUCUAUAGCAGCUGUAGUAGCCACAGUGAACUGGCCUGAGGCUAAUCGUUAUGCAGCAAGGGUUCGUCCCCAAUACCAUCGCAAAGAACAGAUCCUACAGUUUGGGGAAAUGUGUUUGGAACUUGUUGAUUCUUAUUAUCAGCUAAAUAAUGUUAGACCAGAAAAAAUUGUGCUCUUUCGUGAUGGGGUUAGUGAGGGCCAGUUUGAUAUGGUUCUCAAUGAAGAAUUAAUGGAUCUCAAGAGUGCAUUCCAGAAAAUUGAUUACUUUCCUACAAUCACCCUUAUUGUUGCUCAGAAACGGCACCAAACUCGUCUCUUUCCACAGAGCCAGAGGGAUGGGGGUCCCACUGGUAAUAUUCCUCCGGGCACAGUUGUUGACACUGAAAUUGUGCAUCCUUUUGAGUUUGACUUCUAUCUUUGUAGUCACUAUGGAAGCCUUGGUACUAGCAAGCCCACACACUACUAUGUCUUAUCGGAUCAACAUAGGUUCUCUUCUGACCAGUUGCAGAAGCUUAUUUACGAUAUGUGCUUUACCUUUGCACGGUGCACAAAACCUGUAUCUCUGGUUCCUCCUGUGUACUAUGCUGAUCUUGUUGCUUAUAGGGGACGGCUGUACUAUCAGGCAAUGGAAAGACAGUCUUCCAUUUCAACAUCAUCACAGUCGACUGCUGCUUUAUUUCAUGAUUGGUUCAAGCUGCAUGCAGACAUGGAAAACAUGAUGUUUUUUGUUUGACUGAAGCAUGGCCAAAUUCUCUGUGACAAUGGGGAUGAAGACAACCACCAUUGUUUGAAAGAAAUGUUCUGAACACAGGUUUACUCCUUUUCAAAGUGAAUGGUAAAGAGGUUUGUGCGUGAAUCUAACGGAUUUGAAGAUAUGCAUUGAAUUUGUAUUUUUUUUCUCUGUUUUUUGGAAUUCCCUUGUGGACUUGAUUUUAUAUGCAUUUGUUUGUUGUAUUCGGUGAAUCUUUACUCCAAAAGCAGAAAACAGCAUUAUGAAGAAGGGUUUUCCCCCUUUGUAUGGUUGCAUUUGAAUGGAUUAUGUACUUUGUCAAAAUGCUUGC